AUGCCACCAAAGAAGGCCCAGGGCGGCGGCCAGAAGGUCGUCGUUGACAAGACGUUCGGCAUGAAGAACAAAAAGGGAGGCAAGGCGCAGAAGCAGGUGCAGAUGAUCCAGCAGCAGCAGCAGCAGGCGGGCAAGUCGAAAGAGCAGCUGGCAAAGGAGAAGCAAAAGCAGGCCGAGAAAAAGGCGGCGGCCGAGGCGGCGAAGCUGCUGGCGAGCGACCCCAUGUUUUCCAUUGUGCAGCCAAAGGUGCCGUUCGGCGUCGACCCCAAGACUGUCACCUGCGCCUUUUGGAAGGCGGGCAAGUGCGACAAGGGCUCGCGCUGCAAGUACGGGCACUCGCUCGACGCCGGGCGCAAGGUCGAGAAAAAGGACCUGUACACGGACACGAGAGAGGCGGGCGACGACGCCAAGAAGAACGACACGAUGGACAAGUGGGACCUCGAGAAGCUGGGCCAGGUCGUCAUGAGCAAGCACGGCAACCCAAAGAGCACCACCGACAAGGUGUGCAAGUUCUUCCUCCAGGCCGUCGAGGACGGCAAGUACGGAUGGUUCUGGGAGUGCCCCAACGGCGGCGAAAAGUGCAUGUACCGGCACCGGCUGCCGCCAGGUUUCGUUCUCAAGUCGCAGAAGAAGGAGCUCGAGGAGCUGGAAAAGGCCAACGAGAUUUCGCUCGAAGACUUCCUCGAGACGGAGCGGCACAAGCUGGGGUCGAACCUGACGCCGGUGACGGCCGAGACGUUUUCCAAGUGGAAAAAGGAGCGGGUGGACAAAAAGGCGGCCGAGGAGGACAUGCUCAAGGCCAAGAAGGCGGCGCAGGCGCAGGCCAACAAGAUGGCGGGCCUCAGCGGAAGGGAAAUGUUUACCCUCAACCCGGACAUGUUUGUCGACGACGAGGACGGCGACGGGGACGGAGAGUUCGACAUGCAGCAAUACUUUACCAAGGACUGGGAGCAGGGCCGACAGUCGGACGACGAGGACGGCGGCGACGACGAUGGCGACGGCGACGAUCAGGACCGGGGCGAGGGCAAGGCCAACGGCGACAAGGCGGCCGAGGCCGUCACCAAUGGCGUCGAGAAGAUGUCGGUCCAGGCCUGA